UUCUUUCAGCUGCUGAAUCAAUUUCACAUGGAUUCAUGAACACAAAAACAAAAGAUGUCAUUUCAGCACGUUUUAUUUUUAUAAACACAUGAUGUAGUUCCAUUUAGUUAUACUUUCCCCCCAUUAAUUAUCUUUUUUAUUUAUUACAGUUAAUGUUUUCUCAAUUCCAGUUUUUAUUUUGUUAGUUAACUGUGCUAACCUUGGUGAUCAGUAACAUUGAAAUCCUCAUUUUCACCACUAAUUAAUACCUCCAUGCUUUCCUAACUCCUGGUGGAGAGGAGUUACAUAUUUAUUAUGUUCAUUUAUGACGACAUUGACUUUCAGUUUUCCUACCAGUCAAAGAAAUAUGUUGUGCAAUUUUCUCCCUGCUCAAACUAUUCAAUACAAUUUGAUUAGUUCACCUUAGUUUGAAGCUUUGUCUUCAUCCAUUUUGUCCAAUUAUUAUUAUGAUUGAUUAUCUUUUAUAUUGUUUUUCAGUUAAUUUUGGGUUCAUAGAUCCUGGAGAUAAUAAAUAGAUGUUUGUAAUAUUGUAGAUGUAUAGAAUAUGACCGGACCAGAAGGACAGAGUGGCAGGUAAUUGCACAUCAAUUAUUUUUAUAUUAAGUUUAUUGGACCAAACGGUACCAGAGUAAUCGGAUGUUACCAAGAAGUUAGAAAGCAGGAAAUAAUACAUUUUUGAAAUUGUGUCGUUUUGGAAAAAGGUUUGAUUUCCGUUAUAGUGUGGUGGCAAAGAUGGUGGGAGGGCCAGGAAAAUGCUUACUGAUAGUUUCUGAAGAAAUGUGUGCUGGGCAGAUUAACAUUUAAAGAUAAAUGAGACCGUCAGCUAAAAAUGUCUUCAGAGAAACGAGUCCACUGAAACAAGUCCACUGAAACGAGUCCACUGAAACGAGUCCACUGAAACGAGUCCUUCAGAGGUUCUACUGACUGAUGGAGGAAAUAAAAGUUGGAAGUCAAAUGGUGAGUUAAAGAUUUAUUCCCUGAUUUAUUCCCUGAAACUCUAAAUGCCUCUUCAAUUUUUAGCAACCUUUGAAUUAUGUCAUUAUUUAGAAGGACAUUAAAGAUAAAUGUGAGAAAAUAGAGAAGCUGAAUCACAUGAGGCCUCCAAAAUGACUCCGUGUGGAUAUUUACAGUAACAGUAGAAGAAAUUUGGUAGAGUGCGACCUCUAGCAAGUGUAUAGUAAAAUUUAGUAUAAAAUGUGUAUUUCAAAGACAUUUCAAAAUGGCGUUUUAGCUGGUUGGGGGGGAUCACUAUCAAACAAAAUACAGCAAAUAAUUUCCUUCUACUUGACUGACCACAGAGCAGGUUCUCUGUCCAGCUUCUGCAGAGGCUUUGUUUUCUGAUGACAUCUUCCAUGAAACGUCCUGCCGCUGUGAAGAGGCUGAGGCUGAGCUCAGCCUGGCCUGUCGCUUCCGGUUGCUGAAUACGGAGAUCAUCACGCAGAUCAACCGAUGCGCCGCAUGAAGGAGGCGGAGCUGCAGAGAGGAAGAGACGCUGCAGAGAGAGGAAACCGCAGAGCCGAAACCGAAGCAGCGACCCGGAGGGAAACGGAACCGAGUCGAGCGCAGCUUCGGUGCCGAAAGCUGCCCGGAUCUCAUCUGACUGAACUCUUGGGCGAAAUGGAGAAAAAGGAUGGAGCCAGAGCGAUCCCUAGCGCCUGGAGUGUUCCGACCUCCAGUCCACCCAGCUCCGAUGCAGCGGACAGUUCUGCAGGUUCUCAUGUGGAGUGGUGUAAGCAGCUAAUCGCAGCCACCUUAUCCAGUCAGAUCCCAAGAACAGCGCCACCAGAUGUUCUGAACAGGGAUACCAGGGUGUCCAAAAGGCUGAGUUCCUGGAACCGUCCAGCUCUGGGAUUCGGCGCUCUUGUCAAACUUUCACACAACCAAGUGCCUCUUCUGCCAGGAGAAACUGUUCAGAUCACAGUUAAAGAUGUUAUGUAUAUCUGUCCAUUCAGUGGUCUUAUCACUGGUACUCUGACCAUCACUGACUACAAGAUCUACUUUACCAGUUCGAUCAAGGACUCUUUUAUUCUUGAUGUUAACUUGGGAGCUAUAAGCAGAUUGGAGAGCAUUACUGUUCCUAACCAAGGAGAUGACACCAAGGGAAUCGAGUUGGUUUGUAAGGACACAAGGAGCGCCAGGUUUACCUACAAACCAGAAGAGAACCAGCCAGACAUUGAAGACGUUUUGUCCAAACAUGCUUUCCCUCUGUGCUGCAGUCUGCCGUUUUUCGCCUUCAAGUACAAGGAACAGUUUCCUGUGGACGGAUGGAAGGUCUACGAUCCCACAGCAGAGUACAACCGACAGGGUCUACCAAAUGAGAGCUGGUGCAUCAGUAAGCUGAACCUCCAUUAUGAGCUGUGUGACACCUACCCCUCCAUCCUGGUUCUCCCCAACAACAUGACAGAAGAAGACACAGAACGCGUGGCGUCAUUCAGAGCCAAGCGCCGCCUGCCGGUCUUGUCCUGGAUCCACCCGGAGUCUCAGGCCGCUGUGGUGCGCUGCAGCCAGCCGCUGGUCGGCCCUCUGGACAGCCGCUGCAAAGAGGACGAGCGCUUCCUCCAGAUCGUCAUGGACGCCAACGCGCAGUCCCACAAGCUCACCGUCUUCGAUUCUCGACAGACCAGUGAAGCCCUGUCCAGCAAGGCAAAAGACGGAGGAUAUGAAAAUGAAAAUUUCUAUCCCAACAUUGAGCUUAUUUUCCUGGAAAUUCCGAAUAUCCAUGUGAUCCGGGAGUCUCUCAGGAAGAUGAGGGACGUGAUUUAUCCAACUAUUGAUGAGGCCCGCUGGCAUUCUGCCAUCGACCAGACUCACUGGCUGGACUAUCUACGACUGUUACUAUCAGGAGCUGUGAAAAUAGCCGACAAGCUGGAAUCUGGGAAAACGUCCGUAGUGGUCCACUGCAGUGACGGCUGGGACAGAACGGCCCAGCUCACUUCCCUCUCAAUGCUGAUGCUGGACAGCUACUACCGGACGCUCCGAGGAUUCCAGGUUCUGCUGGAAAAGGAGUGGAUCAGCUUCGGACACAGAUUUGCUUCUCGCAUUGGACACGGUGAUAAGAGCCAUACCAACACAGAGCGCUCACCUCUGUUUGUCCAGUUUAUGGACUGUGUUUGGCAGAUGACCCGACAGUUUCCUUCGGCCUUUGAAUUUAAUGAGCUGUUCCUCAUCACCGUCCUGGAUCAUCUCUACAGCUGCCUCUUUGGCACCUUCCUCUGCAACAGUGAGCAGGAGAAGUCAGCCAAGGAGGUUCAAACCAAGACAGUGUCCCUGUGGUCCUACAUCAACAGCCAGCCCAGUGAAUUCACCAACCCGUUCUACCUGGUCUAUGAGAACUGCGUUCUGUAUCCGCUGCUUUCCUCCAGACACUUGGAGCUGUGGACCAGCUACUACGCCCGCUGGAACCCACGCAUGAGGCCACAGGUGCCAGUGCAUCAGACGCUGAAGGACUUGCUGUUCCUCAGAGCAGAGCUGCAGAGGAGGGUGGAGGAGCUGAACACACACCCAGCACCGGAACACCCGAGCCCUUACACAGGAACCUCACUUCACUCUGCUGUUUGAGACACCGAAGUGUCCUAUCCAAAGUUUUGACCAAAUAAUAGGGACAACAAUGUUUUCAGUCGAAGAAAAUCUUUUCUUUUUUUUUCCUCAAAUAAAAUGUGUAAAGUCAAAUAUCAGAAAGGAUUUUAUUCCAGCGACGGAACUAACGUGAAAGCAGGCGGCACAAUACGGGGUGUUUGCAGGAAAAUAACAAUCCGGGCGCACGGCGAGGAAGGGGGUAAAAAAAAAAAAAAAAACGGUUUCCUGGCCUAAACGAGAGACUUGACAGGCAUGUGAGAGCCCAGAGCCUCGGAACGCAGCAAGUAGCGCAAGACAAGAGUCCGGGUUUUACCAGGCUCACAUUUUAGACCAAAGAUUAUGUAACAUUUUCUGGGUAUUGUUGAUUUAAACUGUGGUGCUCAGAUCGGCCGUUUAGUGUGACCUACUUGGUAGAUUUAUCACAACAACCUGCUUCGCUGCAACAUAAGAUUACACGGUGCAGAAAAUUUGUGAUAAAAGUACAGAAUAGUUUACAGAAUAUCCUUUACUACUGGGGUCCAUCGUUAAAACACUCAUUACAAUAGAAUUCAAAUAUUUGACAAAUGACAGAUUUAGCAUACAAAAAUAUUAAUUAUAAUUUAUACAAAAGUGUUGAUGAAUUUGUAAAAUGCAUAAUAAUUUUGCUUGUAGGUAAAUUGCUUCCCAAAAGGAAACUCUUCAGCUUCUUUUUAAAAACUUUCUUCUGUUCAGGUUUUUAACAUCAUUGUCUGAUAAAGACACCAUAACAUUUUCUCUCAGGGUUGGAAUACCCAGUUAAAAUAAACUCAAAGGUAAUUAAAAAUGAGCAGACAGCACAGGGUAAUAGGGAAGUACCAUUAUUUCUUCAUACUUAAUGUCAUAUGUCAGCACAAGCUCUAAAAUACGGCCAUAAUUAUGUAGGACUGAGUCCUUUGAGUAAAGCCAAUUAAAUCUAGUAUUUAGCAUUAAAGUCUACAUACGCUGUCACCGCAAGUGUUGACAUAAACGUUAAAAGUCCACCUCUAUAAUGAUCAUAUCAGUAUUUACCACUGAAUCGCAUAAACAAAAUCUGAGAUAUGAUCUAAAAAUUGAUGAACUGCUAGAUUAUGGACAUGUUUUUAAGUUCCACAUAAAAGCAAUUUCCAUAUUUAAGCCACACACACGUUCGACAUUUCAAUAUUUUCUUCUAUUCCCUUUAGAGAUCACAGUGGAAGCUGAGUCUCUUUAUUAAUUCUUUAUUUUACUAGUUUAUGUUGGAGACAACUGGAGUACAUAUAGUAAUAAUUCAAGUAAAAUCAGUUAACUGGCACAUCUUAAGCAGAGUUCAAUAUUGUGAAAAAGUCAUAGUAAAAAAAAGUACAUUUCCUUUAAAUUCUAGGGUUUUAGUACUGAGAUAUUCAUUUCUUAAUUUAGAACAUUUGGCUUGGUUCCCCUUGGAUUACCUUGAAUAAUUAAAAACCUGGUAAAGUCCACAUUAUGUCAAAACCCUACAACCGACAAAGGAUGUCUUUUUUGUUACAAUGGCUAACAUUUUAAAACACACAUAGAGAAAAACAUGCAGCAGAGAGUACAAAGGAACAGUCUCAGUUAGAUACAGCAUUAUAACAGCAGAAGUACAAAGCACACAAACAGAUCCAACUACGGUUAAAGUCUCUAACUCAAGCAGCAGCUUUUCACAUUUCUGACCUGGACAUAAUUUUGUUGACAUUCAGAGAAGUGAUACGUUUCAAAUCAUUUGAUUUGCAGAAAGAAGCAUUCAUGUCUAGAACAGGCACUGAAGAGGCAUCACGAGUGAUUUUUCUUUUUUUUUUUUUGAGUAACAAUUGGUCAAAGCAGUAAGUGAAGGUCACUAAAAGACAUUUCCAGAAUUAGAAAUGAGUUGUGUGUGUGUUGACUUGAAUCCAGGCGUGUGGAGCGAACAGAGGUCAUCAUAUGACCAGGAGUGAUGGUCAUAUUGUGUCUUAUAAAGAAAAGGUCUCAUCCCAUCUGGUCUGGGACUGUGGUAGUGCUGACAUUUCAUAAUAUUCACAUAACUACAGUCAGAAGAAAAAAAUGUCUGAAUCUAAAAGACAACAGUGUGUGUGUGUGUGAAGUCAUUUAAGAUUUCAGUGUAAAUAAGAAUGAAAAAGAUUAAAGAGUAAACUCAUAUCUAAGCCUUUGUAAAACCUUUUCAUAAUUUCUUCUGCUCCACAUUUUCAGAUUAGAAGAGAUGAUUUUACAGCGUGUCAUAAUAU